CCAAUAAAAAGACGCCAACACGAUGUCCGCCUGCCUACGUCAUUGAAGAAGCCUGUAGAACCACACACGCGCAACUAACACUCACACAUUCGAAUUCGCCUCUCACCUAACUGCCACUGUAUAUUUAAAAUAUUGUAAAUAAUUAAUAAAAUCAAAGUCUACACGCAAGAAAGUUGUCGCCUACAUCAUUUCCACAACCACCAACUGGAGAGCCUAUGACCGCAGCCCUAAGCCCCAACAUCUGGACCUUCUACGCCGAACACCUGCUGGAACCAGCUCCUUGGACGGUGAAGACGCACUCGUGGAAGAUCGGCUUCAACACUCAGCAGCAGGCAGCAUCACGCAUCAUCUGUGCCAUAAAAUUGCCUCAUCAUCUGCUUACCACCUGUCGCUUGUGCUUGUGCCUGUGCUACCUACACAUCAGCUACGACCUGCUAAAAGCUGUAAGUACUCCACAUUUUCACUCGCACCAUGAUGACUAGCACUAGGGACACGUCACCAAAGAUAGAUGAGCUAAUUAAAGUCCUUAACAAGAAAAGAGGAUCUAUUAAAGGUAGAUUAACGAACUUUUCUAAAUAUGUAGGUAAGUUUGCUGAUAAAACGUUAUCAGAAAGUCAGCGCGCAGAAUUAAAGUUACGCAUGCAAGGCGCAUUAAAUUUGUAUGCCGAGUUUAACGAAAUUCAAAACAAAAUUGAAGAAAAUAUUUCUGAUAGCGAACUAUCUAGUCAGAUUGAAAGCCGGGAAACCUUCGAAAUGGAUUAUUAUAGUGUCCUUGCUAAAGCUCAAUGCAUGACCAACGAUGAUAGGUCUGCAGGGAGCUCAAAAUCAUCUAAUUUUGAAUGCGCAUCAGUUCAAUUGCCUACAAUAAGUCUACCUACCUUUGAUGGUUCAUAUGAGCACUGGUUAGAGUUUCGUGACACGUUUACAUCCCUAGUUCAUAACAACAGCAAAGUAGAUAAUUUCGGUAAACUUCAUUAUCUGAAAAGAUCAUUAAUAGGUGACGCAAAAUCCGUGAUCGAUUCUAUCGAAAUUUCAUCUGCCAACUACUCCAUCGCAUGGGAGUUGUUAUUGAAUAGGUACAACAAUAGCAGGUUAUUAGUGCACACACAUGUAAAAUCAUUGUUUUCCCUGCAAUCUUUAUCAAAAGAAUCACCUGACCACAUUAGAAAGUUCAUUGAUACCAUUCUAAAAAACAUACGUUCCUUGAAAAUGCUCGGUGAACCCGUCGAGCAUUGGGACACACUCAUUGUUUACAUGGCCGUGUCCAAAUUAGAUCAAAUAACAGAACGUGAGUGGGAACAAUACAAAAGUAGAUUGUUAUCAAUGUGCAAUGAUUCUAGUUCGUCAAUAAAGAUAACCGAUUUAAUUAACUUUCUUAGGGACAGGGCGGAUAUGUUGGAGACAAUAAAUUUAAAUCACAAUAAACCUACAACCAGUUUCUACACGUCACGCGAACAUAAUAAAAAAACCUAA